GGGCGCGGGCGGCCGUGGGGCAAGAGGUGCGCCGCGGGGACGCCCCGAGGUCGCGGAGCCGGGCGCCGGCCGCCCCGCGCGGCCUGGGAGACGCGCUGUGUGAGCGCAGACCGGCUGCGCGACCGUCGGCGGCCGCGGGGGAGAAGGGCCGAGGCCGGGGCCGCCGGGGCCGCAGGCGCGAGCGAGCCGGGGGCUUCGGGGACCCCAGGCGCUGCAGGCCCGGUUGAGGCGGCGGGGGACCCUGGGGCCGUGUGGGUGGACGGGGCUGUGGGGCAGCCCCAGGUGGUGGGGCCCGUCGGGUCAGUGUGGGUGACCGGCACCGGGGGGGCGGAGGAGGAGGGGGCGCCCUCCCCGAGUCCCCGGGGCUGCGAGCGGAAAGGCCGCCCGGGCUCCACGGGGCACGAGAGCAUUCUGGAGCUGUGGCUGAAGGUGCAGGCUAUGAGGGCAGCGUCGGGCUGUGGGGAGGGAAGCAGGGUGGAGCUCCACCCGGUGCCUGCCGGGGAGGGCCCGGUUGAAAGGGGUGUCCCCGGCCGGGCUUCCUGGGUAGAGACGAGCCGGGCUGGCCUCACAGGGCCCUGGGUGAAAGGACAGGCCAGGGCGGCCCCCGGGGCCCCAGGAGGAUCUGCAGCUGUGGGGCUCGGGGCAGCUUGUGGGAUGGCCUCGGGCUUGUGUGGGCGGGGACAGGCCGUGGGCCUGCUUUCUGGGGGUGUGCCUGCGGCCCUGGGGACGAGUUCCGGGAUUAUCCCAUACCUGCUGGGGAGAGGACAGGCUCUGGGGGUGCCCGGAGCCAUGGGGUGGCCUGAGGCUGUGCAGAGAGAGAUGGGCUGUGGGGCCGCUCCGGGUGUGUGGGACAGGGGCCAGCCGGUGCAGGUGCCGGGGGCGCUGGUCCGAGAGGCGGUCUGUGGGGACACCGCGGGCCUGUGGGGAAGGGGACAGGCUGCGAGGGUGCCUGAUGCUGUGGGGGCACCCAGAGGCACGGAGGAGGAAGCGACCUCUGUGGGUGCCCUGGGCAUGUGGUGGAGGAGGCGGGCUGUGGAGGGGGCGGGCUCUGGCGGUGUUCCUGGCGUAUGGGGUGCUGGACGGCCUGUGGGGGUGCCUUGUGCUGUUGAAGAGGAAGCCAGGUGUGGGGCUGACGCAGGAUUCAGGGAAAGGGGACAGAGCGUGUGGGUAGAGACUGGGUCUGGAGGUGACCCGGGGUCAUGGGCAGCCACACAGACCACAGAGGUAGGUGGCCGUGAUGAGCAGGAGGUAGGCUCUGGGGGUGCUCCAGGCCUGUGGGGUAUGGGGCCGGGAAUGGGAGUGCCUCUGGCUCUGGGGAAGGAGACAGGCUGUGGGAACCUCCCGGGUCUGUGGGCGACCGAGCAGCCUGUGGGGGUGUCCCAGGCUGUGGUGGUGCCACCAGGAGCCCCAGGAGAACAGGUGAGCUACGGAGGUCUCCCCGGCCAGUGGGAGAGGCAGCAGGCUCUGGGGGUGCCUCUGGCCGAUGCGGUGGCGGGGCUUGUUGGGGAGGACACAGGCUGCGGGCACGUCGUGAGCCUGUGGGAGGGGAGGCCGGCUAUGGGGGAGCAAGAGGCCCUGGUGCCUACAGCUUUAGGGGUGCCCGGGCCUGCAGAUCGGGAGGCCGGCUGUGGCGACGGGUCCUGUGCGUGCAGAAGGAGACAGGCUGUGGGGUGGCCUGAGCCAGAGGGGAUGCCCAAGGCCGCGGUUUUGCCCAAGCACAGGUGUGCCCCGGCAGGGGUCUCCCCAGGAGCGGGUACGCCCGGGCCUGGAAGGGUGCCUGCCGCGGUGUGGGUGUCUGGCCCUGUGUGUCAGGAAGGCGGCUCCAGAGAUGUCUUGAACCUGUGGGAAAGGAUCCGAAGCGCCGCGGUGCCCGUGACUGCAGGGGUCCCCGCGGCCCCCGAGGAGCUGUGGUCUGUGCAUGAGGACACUGGCUCUGCAGCUUUCCCCGGAUCGUGGGGAAGGAGACAGGCUGUCGGGGUUCCUGAAGCGCCUGGGCUUGUGGGGGAGGAGACAGACCCCGGGGGCGUCCCGAGAUCUUGGGGAAGGAGACCGAGCGCCAGGGCGCCUGGGGCUGCCGAGGUGCCCACGGCUGCCAGGGUGCCCGGUCCUCUGGGGUCGGAGGCCGGCCCUGGGGGUUUCUCAGGCUUGCCGGGAAGGAGGCAGACCGCAGGGGUGUCCACAGCUGGCGGGGUGCCCGUGGCCCCCAGGACACCUAGGCCUGUCCCGGAAGAGUCUGCGCCUGGAGGUGUUGCAGGCCUGUGGGGGGAGAGGGAGACAGCACGAGGACCAGCAGACGCCUGGGCUCCCACAAGGUUGGGGGUGCCCAGCGCCGCCAGGAUGCCCGCGCUCACGGGGGAAAGGCUGGGCCCCGGGGGCCCCUCAGGCUUGUUGGGAGGGAGAUGGACGGCUGAGAUGCCCGCGGCUGCGGGCCUCUCCGUGGCUGUGGGGGCCUCUGGGCCGAUGGUGGCCAAUGCCAGCUCUGGGGACGCUUCAGGUGUGUGGGGACAGAGACCGGUGAUGGAGGUGCCCGCUGCUGCCGGGGCUGCAGGACCUGCUGAUGGGGCAGGUGGUUCCGACGGUGUCUCAGGCCCGUGGAGAAGGAGAGCCAGCGGACCGGCCGCUGAGGCCCUGCGGGCGCCUGUGUCUCUGGGGGUGCUCGCGGCUGUAGGGGUUCCCACGGCGGGGCACGCGCCUGCCGCGGUGUGGGUGACCGGGUGCACGGGGGAAGAAACGGCUGCGGCUGCCUCGGGCCUCCCCGCGUUGAGGAGACAGUCCCUGGAGGGAGCUUCGGGGGCGGGGGCGGGAGGCCUGAGUCUGGAGCUGACGGCGGGGAGCCAGGCGGGGGGGCUGCCUCGCACCCACGGCUGCGGGACCAGGUCGUGGAGCUGCCCGAGGCCUGGCGGGGGAGACGCCGACCAGGAGAGCGUGUGCGCCGUGUCAGGGCUCAGAACCGCCGUGGGGGCGCCCCCGGGUUCAAGGCCGGAAACAGGCAUGGGCCGGUUCAGGGAUCACCGGCAGCAGA